AUGCUGAUUGUAUCAUUGUGGAUAGCACAUAUAGAUGUGGAUGUUGGGGUAAAAGGGGAAUCGAUUGCGGCUAGGAUCGAAGGAUUAACGAUCGAAGGAGAUAUUGACAGUGACAGCGACGGAACUCAAACCGGAUUCUUAGGUGCCGCCACAGAAGUCGGUGGUUCAUACAAGACAAAACUAAAACACGACGUUAAUAAGCGUCAUCGGAGGAUACAAACUUCAAGAAAAAUGGUGAAAGGAUUUUAUUAG